CUGCCUCCGCUGUGCACAUUCAAUGUGAGACAGACAACAAAUAGGCAGAGAAGGUUGUUACUGUGUGGUUUUGGAUGAGCGCCGAAAUCGUUUGUAGACUUCGCACAUACACAACAGGAUGUAGCAGCGGCGAAAGAAAUAAGAAGGGAGAAGAAAAGCGCGUGCGAAGAACGGAGGUGUAGAUUGUGAGAGUGGACAGAAGCAGAAGCCGACGGUAGCAGGAUUACCCACCGCAGGUUAUGAUGACAGCACCGCGGCCCGAGCUUCUAACCUGAAGUACCGCUCCAUGCGCUUUUGUUUGACGCAACGCUGGAUUUUUACGCACUGAACGGACUCUGACUGGCACAGUUCAGAUACUUUUGUAACAGAGGGGAGCACUGAAAGAAAGAGGACAGGAUGGCGAGCCAAAAUGACUGCUGUGUGAAGGUCUCUUUGAGGAUCCGUCCCCAGAUGGCAAAGGAGAAGAUUGAGGGCUGUCACGUGUGUACGCUGGUCACGCCCGGGGAGCCCCAGAUGUUGCUGGGUAAAGACAAGGCCUUCACGUACGACUUUGUGUUCGACAUCGACUCAGUCCAGCAGCAGAUCUAUGCUGCCUGCGUCCACAAACUCAUCGAGGGCUGUUUCGACGGAUACAACGCUACGGUGUUUGCCUACGGACAGACAGGCUCAGGGAAGACCCAUACCAUGGGGACAGGGUUUGACAUGAACGUGCAGGAGAAGGACCAGGGUAUCAUCCCGCGGGCCAUUCGUCAGCUGUUCCUGGGCAUCCAGGAGAGGAAGACACAGGCCCAGCAGCAGGGCACACACCCUCCAGAGUUUAAAGUCAGUGCACAGUUCCUAGAGCUGUACAAUGAGGAGAUCCUAGAUCUGUUUGACGGAGCCAGAGACCCAGACUGUAAGAGCAGGAAGUCUAAUAUUAAGAUCCACGAGGACGGCAGCGGCUCCAUCUACACCACCGGAGUCACCUCACGACUUGUCAACUCAGAGGAAGAGCUGUUACAGUGUCUGAAGCUGGGAGCGUUGUCUCGUACCACGGCCAGUACCCAGAUGAACGCAUCUAGUUCCAGAUCUCACGCCAUCUUCACCAUCAACCUCUGUCAGAUGAGAGUCUGUCAACAAACUGAGGAGAAUGGGGAGGUGAACGGAGGUGUAAAUGGAGGUGUGAUUGGGGAGGUGAACGGAGGUGUACAUGGAGGUGUGACUGGGGAGGUGAACGGAGAGGUGAAUGGGGUUGGUGGAGAUGGAGAAUCUAUUACCAAGCCUGAGUAUGAGACUCUGAUGGCCAAGUUUCACUUUGUGGACCUAGCUGGAUCAGAGAGACUCAAACGCACCGGAGCAACGGGAGAACGGGCACGGGAGGGCAUAUCCAUCAACUGUGGACUGCUGGCUUUGGGGAAUGUGAUCAGUGCUCUGGGGGACCAGGCUAAGAAAGGAGGACAUGUUCCCUACAGAGACUCUAAACUAACGCGCCUACUACAGGACUCAUUGGGAGGAAACAGUCGUACGCUGAUGAUCGCGUGUGUGAGUCCGUCGGACCGGGACUUCAUGGAGACCCUGAACACACUGAAGUAUGCCAACAGAGCCAGGAACAUCAAGAACAAGGUGGUGGUGAACCAAGACAAGACCAGCCAGCAGAUGUCUGCCCUGAGGGCUGAGAUUGCUAGGCUACAAAUGGAACUUAUGGAGUAUAAAGCGGGUAAGCGCGUGAUGGGCGAGGACGGCUCAGAGGGCUUCAGUGAUCUGUUCCAGGAGAACUCGAUGUUACAGAGAGAGAACGACACGCUACGCAUGCGAGUCAAAGCCAUGCAGGAGACCAUCGACCACCUCAACACACGGGUCACCACGCUCCUCGCCAACGAGGUCAGCGCGCUGCUGGCCAAGUCAGGUGAGGGCAAUGAGGAGAUUGGUGCUCUGAUACAGAACUACAUCAGAGAGAUCGAGGAGCUCAGAUCUAAGCUCCUGGAGAGCGAGUCGAUGAACGAGUGUCUUCGUCGCAGUGCAACCCGUCUCUCCUCCCGCUCCCCGUUCACCACCUCCUCCUCUCAUAGCUCCACCCCAGGGCCACACCCCUUAGGCUCCUCCCCUUCCCUUUCCAUGGAGGCGGAGAUGACGGACGUGAUUCGCCGAGCCAAGACGGACAUCGAGAGGCUGAAGAAGAAGGAGAGGAGACAGAGGAGGAUGAGCCCAGAGAAAGAGAAAGAGUUGAAGAAACGAGUCAAGCUUCAUUCUCAUGAGAACGGACAUAAUGGAGAAAAUGGCCAGAUGGACUCGGAUGACAACUACACAGAGGAUGUGAUGUCACCUCUGCAGGAGGAGGAGAGCGGGUGUGACGAGGAAGAGGAGGAAGAGGGGAGGGACGAAGAGGAGUUUGACAGUGAUGAGAGUCUGGUGGACUCCGACUCGGACUCUGAUGAGAAAGCUAAUUUCCAGGUGGAUCUGGCAGACUUGACGAGUGAGAUUGAGAUCAAGCAGAAGUUGAUAGAUGAGCUGGAGAACAGUCAGAAGAGACUGCUGCAGCUCAAACUACAGUAUGAAGAGAAACUCGUCCUGCUCCAGAACAAGAUCAGAGACACACAGCUUGAGAGAGACAGAGUACUGCACAACCUCUUGUCGAUGGAGAACUACACAGAGGAGAAGGCUAGCAAGAUUAAAUCAGAGUACGAGAAGAGGCUGAAGGAGAUGAACAGAGACCUGCUGAAACUGCAGGCAGCACAGAAGGAACACACGAGGCUACUGAAGAACCAAGGACGCUAUGAACAGGAACUGAAGAAACUACAGCAGGAGGUCAACGAGAUGAAGAAAGCCAAGGUGGCACUGAUGAAGCAGAUGAAGGAGGAGCAGCUAAGGAGGAGGAUGAUGGAAGCCAAGAGGAACAGAGAGAUCGCUCAGCUCAAGAAGGAGCAGCGACGACAGGAAUACCAGAUUCGUUCGUUGGAGAGUCAGAAGCGUCAGCAGGAGCUGGUAUUGAGGAGAAAGAGCCAGGAGGUGACAGCUUUACGACGGUUGGCUAAACCCAUGUCUGGACGUAUGGCUAGACGCCUACAGCCCCUUGACUCCGGAGCAGAACUGUCUGCCAGCACCACCUCCUCUGAACCAGAGUCCAACCGGACCACCUCAACCAAAGUGUCUAACAUAGUGAGACAGUGGAACACCAAGAUGAAUGGCUACCUGGGAGAGAGCGAGGGGAUUACCACCAACGGGACACAGGUUGUUGGCAGUAGGACGCGUGUCCAGCAGCGCAAGGGUGUUCUAGUGGGCAGCAGUAGUUUCUCCAAGGCGGCCCGUCAGAAGUGGCAGACUCUAGAGAGGAGGAUCCUGGACAUCGUCAUGCAGAGGAUGACCAUCACCAACGUAGAGGCCGACAUGGACCGACUCAUCAAGAAGCGAGAGGAGCUGUCUGUGCAGCAGGAGGCGCUGUUGCGUAAAAGGCAGGUGCUUAUGGCCGAGGGGGAGGGGCCUGACGGGGAGGACCGCCUAGUCCAGGAAAUGAACGAGGACAUUGAGGUUCUGAAUGCAAACAUCGACUACAUCAACGACAGCCUGUCAGACUGCCAGGCGACCAUCGUUCAGAUAGAGGAGACCAAGGAUGAGCUGGACUCGGUGGACACCUCAGUGGUCAUCAGCUCCUGCUCUUUGGCUGAGGCCCGACACCUCCUGGACCACUUCCUCAAGGCCUCCAUUGACAAGGGUUUACAGGUGGCUCAAAAGGAGUCUCAGAUCCGUCUGUUGGAGGGCCAGCUGAGACAGACAGAUAUGAUUGGCUCUGCCCACAACCACAUCAUCCUGGACGCGCUGAGAGAAAAGGCUGAGUGUAUCCCCGAGCUGCAGGCACUCAUCCACAACGUACAGCAGGAGAAUGGUUAUGUCAGCACCGACGAGGAGCCUUCAGAGUUUAGCCAGGCCUCUGACGGCAGUGUGUCUCAGAUGAAGUCUUCAGCUAGCCAGGAUGACUUCAAGCUAAAGGUUCAGACUGAGCCCCGUCUGUCAGCCCAGAUGAAAGCGGUAUCGGCAGAGUACCUGGGUCCCGCGUUAGACCCGUCCACUAAGAACAUCACCAAGUCCCUGGCCUCCCUAACAGACAUCCAGGAGAACGGUGGCUCAGGUGGCCUGAGCCUCACUCUCCCCAUCUUUAGAGACAGGGUGUCCAGGACCACCAGCCUGCCUGUCCGGGGACACACCUUUCCUCGGCAGUCUCGGGGGGCUGACACCUCCCCUCUAACAAGGAGGAAGUCUUAUGACCGAGGCCAGUCUUACAGAAAUGCUGAUGGGCAAACUCCCCCAUCCUCCCCCCCUCUCAGAACCAGAAACGACCGCAAUGUCUUUUCAAGGCUCACCAGCAACCAGAGCCAAGGCUCCGCACUGGACAAGUCGGAUGACAGCGACUCCUCUCUCUCGGAGGUGCUCAGGGGUGCGAUCACUCUCACGGGGGGAGUGAAGGGGGGACGGACGGCACCCCUCCAGUGUUCAGCCAUAGCAGAGGGACACUCUAAACCUGUCCUCUGUGUGGAUGCUACCGAUGAACUGCUCUUCACUGGAUCCAAAGACCGGACGUGUAAGAUGUGGAACCUGGUGACGGGACAGGAAAUCGUCACGCUGAAAGGGCACCCCAAUAACGUGGUCUCAGUCAAAUACUGCUCUUCCUCCUGCCUAGUGUUCUCUGUCUCCACCUCCUACAUCAAGGUCUGGGACAUACGAGACUCUGCCAAGUGUGUCCGCACCCUCACGUCUUCAGGCCAGGUGGUAUCGGGGGAUGCAUGUGUGGGCACCACCACCCGUACCAUCACGGUGGCACAGGGUGAAUACCAGAUCAACCAGAUAGCUCUCAACCCCUCUGGCUCUGUCCUCUACGCUGCUGCUGGUAACACCGUACGCACCUGGGACCUCAACAGGAUGACGGCAUUAGGGAAGCUGACAGGUCACAUAGGCUCAGUGAUGUGUCUCACUGUAGGUCAGUCUCUACUGGGCAAAGACCAGGUCAUCACUGGCUCCAAGGACCACUAUGUCAAGGUGUUUGAUGUGGCAGAGGGCAUGCUGGGUAAUUUAGGCCCCGCCCACAACUUUGAGCCUCCGCACUAUGACGGCAUCGAGUGUCUGGCCAUCCAGGGAGACGUUCUGUUCAGCGCAUCACGAGACAACGGCAUCAAGAAGUGGGACCUGGAGAACCAAGAACUCACACAGCAAAUCCCCAACGCCCAUAAGGACUGGGUGUGUGCGCUGGCAUAUGUUCCAGGGCGCCCCAUGCUGCUGAGUGCCUGUCGGGGAGGCAUGCUGAAGGUGUGGAACGUUGAUAACUUCACCCCCAUAGGAGAGGUCAAGGGUCAUGAGAGCCCCAUCAAUGCCAUCUGCACCAACUCGCGGCACAUCUUCACCGCUUCCAGUGACUGCAGGGUGAAGUUAUGGAGUUAUGUCCCAGGUCUGACCCCCUGUCUACCUCGACGGGUUCUGGCUAUCAAGGGUCGUGCCACAAGCCUCCCAUGAGCCUUCACUCCGACUCACAACCCUGCUUCCGCUCUCCUCUGUGAUAUGACGGUGAAGAUCUGGUCAGCAAAGGUGGGGAAGAAGAGGUGACGUUCGGUCGGAGCGUCAUUGUGACAUCAUUAUCGGCGGCCAUCUUUACCGAGGGCCUUCAACCUCUGACCCUCUCACUUCAACCCCCUCAACCAAUCAGGUGUGACGCGGCAGGACGUCAUGGCUACCAACCAUAACCGGGACGACCAAAGUGUGGAUGGCGCGUCGUCGCAAAGUUCAGUCUCCUCCGGAAAGAUCCUUAUGAGGAGUGUGUCUUGAACUGAAAGGCAAAACGGGAAGCUUGAGAGUUUUUACCUUUUUCUUGUUUUUACUGCCAAUCCAACUGUAAGUGCAAUUGAGGUGUGAUGGGAUUUGGACAAGAUAAAAACCUUUAUUGUGCCAGAUGAUGGCUGUGUGAGGACAGCAAGCAGAAUGUCCAUGGGAUGUUCACAGACACAGCUACUGACUGAUUCAUCUACUCUCCUAUUUAUUACUCAUUCAAUGAAAACAAGGUCUCCCAGAAGUGAACUAACCCUCGGAGAACACCAUUUCUGAGCCAACUAAAGACGAUGUUUCUAUCUUCAGGGCUGUCUGUGUUUGACUGUCUACUGGCUGAGAUGAACCAACUGGAAUUCAUUUAUAGCAAAGGGGGUUGAGAGAGUGAGUUGUUCAGUAUACAUACAGGAUGUUGAAACCACUGGACAGUUUGUCGAGAGUUCAUUUCAGCCCUUUGUGAUUCCCUGUCUCCUCAUCUCUAUGGAUGGGUUUUCUGUGGCCUCUACCUUGGCUGCAGUCUGCACUGAGAGAGCCUAGCAAUAAUAACAUCACUACUAACACCAGUCCUGGAGGAACAUACACACACACACACACACACACACACACACACACACACACACACACACACACACACACACACACACACACACACACACACACACACACACACACACACACACACACACACACACACACACACACACACACACACACACACACACUGCUGUCUUAUCAGGGUGGGAGUGCAGGAAUAAUAGCAUUAUUCACACUCACACAGACACACCAACCCCACCAGACAGCGGUAGCUCCACAGGUGCCAAAGGUCCAGAUCAUUAUCUCUCCUGUCUUUAUGCAGCCCGAGACUGCCCGCGUCCCAAAUGGCACCCUACUUCCUAUGAAGUGCACUACUUUUGACCAGGGAUUAGCGUGCCAGUUGGGACUCGGCCCCCUGUCUCUCUCUCACUGAGGCUCUCAACACUUCAAUAAGCACCCCGAGAAUCACCAUCUCAACCUCUCCUCUCCUCUUACCCUGUGAGUCUGGUAUGCUGUGCCAGUCCAUUCUGAGCUUAUUAGCUGUUGUAACGUCUGCUAAACUGGAUUUGAAUCACAGGGGGUCGGUGGCACUGUGAUUGUGGGCGACUGGCUCGUGGUAAUGGCUGGAGCGGAAUAAGUGGAAUGGUAUCAAAUACAUCAAACACAUGGUUUGAAGCCAUUCCCUUCGUACCGAUCCAGCCAUUAUGAUGAGCCGCUCUCUCCUCAGCAGCCUCCACUGGUUUGAAUACUAUUUGAAAUCUUUCAAAUAUUUAUCAGCAUUUGUUCUAGCCGGCCCAUGAUGCCAGGCAAGCUCAAUCAAACACAGAUAGAGUAUUUGGAAUUUCAAAUAGUGUUUGAGGCCAGGUCUGAACUGAUGAUAACUGUAACUGCAGACACCAAUAUAGCUCUAGUUCUGCGCCACAGAGACAGUGGUGGGAGGGAUGGUAAUGCUAGCCAGGCUAAUUGGCUGCUGUGUUAGCAGGUGGUGAUGAGUUAUGCUGCAUGGUGGGCAAAAGUCUGAUUUAAGUAGGUCAGGACAGGAGAAGAGUGCUUUAUCCCUAUUGGCACCCUAUUCCCUACAUGGUGCACUACAUUUGACCAGAGUCCUAUGGGCCCUCGUCAAAAAGCAGUGCACUAUAUAGGGAAUAGGGUGCCAUUUGGGACGCAUGAUUUACCAGAUCUUUAUUUCUUCCGUUCAGUAGUUUUAAAGAAGGAACCCUUCCCUGCUGUGUGUGUGCCAUUGGGUAGUGUGGGGGUGACGCCUGGCUUCACACACACACAGGCUUUUAGGUUAUCCAUCUUGCCUGGCAGUGCUUGGCAUCCUUCAGCUCUGAGAUUUGCUGUCUGCUAAGUUAAACAUAUUUGUCUUCGAGCCCUCCCACGCACGCGCACACACACACACACACACACACCACACACACACGCACACAUACGCACACACACACACACUCAUGUGGCUAACCACUAUCUCCAGGCACCGGUGAUCAGAGAAUCUUCCCUCCUAACCCUUUUAGAAGGGGACAUUCAAAUCAAUUCCCGCUGACGAUGUCACAACAUAGAACAUUCCGAAGAAAUUGUGAAAUUCUCACACUCCUCCCUGAUGUUCGGAAAUAUCUUUUAGAUGCCUAGUGAGCGACUGAGCCAUGUGUAACUCACAGCAUUUCUUCUCCUGUGAAUAUAUCUAGUUGUUAUUGAGUGCACUUUAUCUGGUAAAGACUUAGAAACGUGUGUACUGUGCUGUGAUCAAAUGGAUUACGUUCGAGGAAGGGAUUGGUGGUCCAAUAUAGCGAAAGAAAAGUAUCCCAAAUGAAAUCUACUGCAAUGAGAAUCUCAAAUACUGUCUAUGUAGAGCUGUCUUUGAAGACUGAAUCGAUGUUGUCUCUCUUACAAGACAUGUUGAUGCUGCUAACAUGAUGUAAAUAGUUUGAUAAAGAGAAACGUAAGACAUAAGAUGACGCAAUCAUGUUAUUCUGAGCCGAGGUUUAGGUUUGAGUUGAAGGUAGAGGGAGUUUAUACUAGACACAGAUCCAGUUUUAUAGUCUCUGUAUGUAGCCCAUAACGCCUUGUUUUUAAAGCCAUUUAAAUGUGUUUAAGGUACAAUCGAUGUUCCUUUGUCAUAGAGGAAUAUCUAUGUAAUCUCUCUCGACUUUUACGACUUCUUUAAUAACGUCAAACUAUCAGGCAUUUUUUUGUUGUUGUCGACUCCCUUCUAAUAUUGUAUUUUCCAAAUCCUCUAUCGUGGCCCUUGGAGGACCAGGCUUAACAUGAAGGAUGUUGAACACCCACAGUUGUGCCAAUCACCUAUAGCUAGCUAACUGUGUGGUGCUCUACUCUGCUGACUGUUCCGGGAUCAGCCUUUCUACUCCUUCGCUCAGUGUGUUUCGCAGUAGCUGUUCGAGGAAGCUCUGUAAUACUUAAAGGCGCUUUUUAAAGGUGCCCCUGCUUGUGCAUUUGCUGUAGAACAGAGCUGCGUGAUCCUAGUAGUGAUGGUAGGAGAGGAGGACGCCUCAGAACCAUGAGCAGAAUUAAUAUGCCAACCGAAUGUUCAGUCACACUUUAUUUGGAUAGUGCGGGUAGUCCAUCUGUGGUCAUACCAUCAACAAAUAAUCUGUUGACCGGCAACUGCUUGCUAAGGUUAAGUUUAGAAUAAGGGUAAGGGUUCAUUUUGGGUUAGGUUAAGGGUUAGGGCUACUAGAUAGUUGGUUGAAAUGUUACUGAUCAUCUACAAGAUGGCCUAUCCGAAAUAAAGUGUUACCGAACGUUCUAAUUGAUGACAUCACAAAGGUGCUUUUUUAAUUCCCGGUACAGGACGUCGAUGAGAACAAUCAAAAUUCUCACCUCCUAGUCUCAAAGGGUUAACCACACAGCCAAAUUAGAAGCCCUCUCCUCUCCUGUUGGAAGUGCUGCUACUGACCGAGCAUGUCUGACAGCCAUGUCCACUCGCUAUAGAUUCCUAGGCUUCUUCUCUCGUCUCCGUCGGGUACCUCUCUGUUGGCUGAAUCACCUGUAUACAGGUGUAUAAUACUGUCUAUCGGAGGGGAGAUUUGGGCACAGUUAUUGACUUCCUGGUUAUCCGACGCCCCGACAAAAAGACGACUGACUUUCCUACCCAGUGUGCAGAUAUGACCGUCUGUUUGUCUACCCGAGCUUAACUUUUCACCUAAUUAGAAAAUGAACCACUCGGCCUAUCAGCACCACGUAGGCUCCAUGUCUCUGCCGCUUGCCUCUGCUUUCAGGCCCACUGCACAUAGAAAUAGAAUUGGUACCGAGAUCCUUGACGUGUCCUCUACGUGCUCUGUAGAAAAGCUGUAACCGGUCUCAGGCUUGCUCCAAGCGGCGUUCAAAAGGCUUCAACGUUACAGAGCAUUCGGAUUCAGAUACAUGUAUUUAGCAUCUGCUAAAAUGACUUAAAUGUAGAACGGAUAUGAAUGUCUGUCUGGUAUGGGAUCGGGUUUUGUCAGCUCUAUUUGUUAGAUUUCUAUCUGCGACGUACUGAACCUUUCACCUCACUUGAUAUCUACUUCCCAGGCUGCUGCGCUGUGCGCUCAGAGCGUUUAUGGCCUAAUCAAACGCUGACAGAGCUGGGCCUCGUUUCCCAGUUGCGACGUAACUUAAGCAUUACGAUGAUGCUACCAGAUGCAUCGUUAUUUACAAACCAACUUUUUAAAGAUGUGUUUCCCAAACGAGCAUGUAGAGAGUAUGUUGUUAGACCACGUGUCGAUACUGAUAGGAUCGAAAGAAAAGCAGCACUGCUCUCGGGUCAGCUUUCUCCGUUCAAAUCUUACCUCGACAUGAUAAUUAUUCCACUAUACUGAUGGAGUCAGCUCCUCGACAGAUAUGACCAAUUAUGUCUGCAAAUAGGCUAUAGACACAGCAAAAUCAAAAAAAAGAAUGCACAAAAUUACAGAUUAAAAAAUUAGACAGUAUCCUAGUCGCAAAAUAGAACUCAAUUGACGGAACAUGAAAUGUAUAUCAAUAUGAUUUUAAUAGUAUAUGUAGACCUAUGUAUGGUUUAUUGUAGUUUCUCGGUUUUAAGUUGAAGCAUCACUUUAUCCUCAACUUGUUAGUAACAAUUGCAAAUACUUCGGCCACUUUUGCAUUUGCAGUCAAAUUCAUUCCGAAGUCAUCUGUAGUCACAGUCUGUGACAGAUUGCCUAAACAUCUUGAUUCAAUUUUUUUUUAGCAGAAAUGGUCUGUGAAUAAAGUGACGCGGAAGGGCAAUAAAGAGUCUGGCGAUGCACUUUGGCAGCUCUACGAGUGGCCUGGAUCACUCGUACUGUAGAUGUGCAAAGAUUUUUAAGAGCCACGUUGCUAACGAAGGCUCUGGGAAACACCUUCGUCUACUAAAGAUCCAUUGUAAGAAAGUUCUAAUAUGUCCUGAUAUCUCGGCCUAAUCAAACACUGACCGAGCUGAUAUGUGUCAUAUGUUGAGUGGCUGCUCAGAAGUGCACACGUUUCACAGGCAAAGUGGGCGGUAACAUGUCUCUGGUGGUAUCUGUGAACCGGGGUCAAAUGUCAUACCAGGUGCCUUUUUUAUUUCACAGGCUCCUCCCCCUACGGACUACUGUAAGUGUUUGUACAGAUAAUAUUGUGUUUCUUUUUUCUUACAAUGUGCAUGUGACCAAAUACCAUGUAAAAUACCUUGACAUUUAAAAACUGUAAGUAGAUGUAUUAUUUCACGAUGGAUCAAUAAAUCGUUCCUUCAAUGAAAUAAAAAAAAAACGUCAAAGAAUAAAAUCAGUGGUCUCAAAAGUACUCGAA